UCAGAGCAUAUACCAUUUAACCCCUUUUCGAAAGCCUCUGUUUUAGGGCUGAGGGGCCGAAUGGCGCACCGCGGCUGGGGGCGCCUCGUAAGUAGAUCAUCUAGGAUAGCAGCAGCAUCGAUCCGGCCUCCCGCAUUUCAUUCGGCAGCUCAAGAUCUCCUCCGCGGCAGCUAUCCCGCGAGGAAUUUCAGGAUCGCGGAGAAGAAGGUCGCGGAUUUCAAGCAGGCUGCUGUGUCCAAGGCGCUGGUGGCACUGCGAGCUGCCGAGAAUGUGUCCAACACCGCCUGGAAUUCGAUCGCUGGAACCUUGCAGCCGGUUGCUCGACGCAUUGAGAAUUUGGACUCGGGUUACAAGGAAGCCAUGGCGCUUCGCUUGGAGGCCUUUUGUAGGAGGAACCGGCUGAUUCUUCUUGCUGCUCUAGGCUCUGGUAUGUCCAUAGUUCUCUGGAAGGUGGUUAUCAACAUUAGUGAGCUGCUGGUGGGAUUAUCGAAAUUCUCCUUUCAGUUUGGAUUGCUCGUUCUUACGACUUCGUCAGUCGUUUGCGCGGGUCUAGCUUUGAGAACGCGACACACCAUCAAUCCCGAGACGGUUUAUGGAAUUGUCAUGCGCAAGCUGCAAAGUUCUGCCGGAUUUAUGGAGGUGAUGGGCCAUCCAGUUGUUGGUGGAAAAGUUCGUGCUUAUUUUACAUCCGGGGGUGACUUAAAGCUCCAGGACCUCAGGCCAAGGCUGAGCUGCAAGCGGUGCUUUAUUGUGUUUCCAGUCCAAGGCUACGAGAGACGAGGCAUGGUGAGCAGCGAGGUCAUCAAAGAGGGAGGACAGUACCAUGUGAAGCUGCUGGCUGCUGACAUUCCAAUGGAUACAUCCGAUGAGAGGUUAUAUGUUGUCGGGGAUGACCGUGAUUUCGAAGCUUCCCAAGGGCCAUAUUUUGAGCUCCGAGACCCGAUUUUCAAGGCGAUUGCUGCCGAGCGGGAGUUUGAUGUUCUAGAUGAGAUUGAAGCCAGUCAGCAGCGCAAGAGGUUCUUAGCCAAGCUGGAUUCAACCAUCAAAAGAGGACAACGAUGGGCUAAGCGUUCAGCCGAGUUGUUGAAAAGAUGAAAGCUUCUGGAGGAUGACUGAGGUACGUUCUUUUGAAUGUUCAAACCCAUCCAAAUUUGCAAACCAAAUAAGCUUUUUGUUCGUUGCGAGGUGACGUUUGGAGCGUUGAAGCAAUAAAGAGUUCGAGAAGGUGGUGACUUGGACGAGAGAAAACGCCAACGUGGUAGCUCGGUUACCCAGCGUGGAGCCGACGUGGAGCCGAGAUUAACUGGCGCAACGGUUGGCGGAGUCAAACGAAUGGAAUUUCCCUCGGGAAGCUUCCGGCAGGGUGUGAGGCCGGCUUCACACACUCCAGGGCAGAAUAAGUCUUUGGGUUAGCCAGGAAGACGCAGGUGUAGCAACGAGCGCUAGUCAACACGAGAUCGAUAGAGAUGAGAGCGUGGAAUUGGCCAUUCCCCGCGAUAGAUAUACCCAGUAGCAGUAGACCCAGCAGGGAUUUGUGGAAGCGGUAGCGAGCAUCAAAAUCUAAUUUUGGCGACAAACACUCCA